AUGAUUCCCAAGAAUUACCAGCAUCUUCUGGUCUUGGCAUUUGCAGUACAAGAGGUCAAUGAGAGCACUCACAUACUGCCCAAUCAAACUUUGGGCUUCCACAUCUAUGACAGCUAUGACAAUGCAAGGAGAACCUGUCAGGCCACCCUGCGACUUUUGUCAGUACAGGAGAGAUUGGUCCCCAACUAUGCAUGUGGCAUCUGCUAUAAUCUAAUAGCAGUCAUUGGGUCACUGGAUUCCGAAGUCUCUCUCAAUAUGGCCAAUACCUUGGAUAUCUACAAGAUUCCACAGAUGGUUCCUCAUGAAACUCUGCAGUAUGAAGGGAUUCUCUCUUUAUUGCUGCAUUUCAGCUGGACAUGGAUAGGACUUCUUUGUAUGGAUAAUGACAAGGGAGAAAGGUUCUUGCAAACUGUAUUUCCAAUGUUUUCCAAAAGAGGUGUCUGUGUUGCCUUCAUAGAAAAACUACCCCCACACACCAACAUCAAUAACAUUAAUACCGUUUUAGAAAAGGGGGCAGAUAUGCAUGAUAAACUCGUGGACAGCAAAGCCAAUGUAGUUGUUCUACAGGGAGAAUCAUAUUCCUUUGCACUGUUGAAAUGGCUACCAUAUAUAUCAGAAGUGGUGAAAAGGACAAGCAAAUUAAAAGACAAAGUGUGGAUAGCCUCAGCCAACAUGGAGAUCAAUGCAUUUGUCUAUCAAAGGAACUGGGAGACAGAAAUAUUCCAUGGUACUCUUUCCCUCAGCAUUCACUCUAAUGAUCUUCCAGGAUUCCAAUCAUUCGAGAAGAGAAGAAAUCCAAACAGAACAAAGGGAGAUGAUUUCCUUAGGAUCUUUUGGGAACAAGCUUUUGGCUGCCUUUUUCCAACUUCAGUGGACAAUGAUGUGGAAGAAGUGAUUUGCACUGGGAAGGAAAGGCUGGAGAGCCUUCCUGGAUCUUUCUUUGAGUUGAGCAUGACUGGUCACAGCUACAGCAUCUACAAUGCGGUCUAUGCUGUGGCCCACGCUAUGCAUGCCAUGUCCUCAUCUGAAGUCAAACACAGGGCAGUGCUGAAGAAUAAAAAUCAGAAAAUCUGGAGUGAAGCACCAUGGAGGCUGCACCAGUUUCUCAGAGGUGUCGCCUUUAAUAACAGUGCUGGGAGCAGGGUUUCUUUCAAUGAGAAAGGGGAGCUCGUGACUGGAUUUGAUGUUAUUAACUGGAAGUUUUUUGCCAAUGAAUCUUUUCUCCGUGUGAAAGUUGGAAGGAUCGAUCCUUGGGCUUCUUUAGGCCCAAAACUCACCAUUCAUGAGGAGACCAUAACAUGGCACCACUGGUUUAAUCAGGCACAACCUCUUUCUGUAUGCACCUGGAGUUGCCGUCCGGCCUCUAGCAAGAAAGUGAAGGUGGGGGAGCCAUAUUGCUGCUACGAUUGCAUCCCAUGUCCAGCUGGGAAGAUCUCCACCCAGGAGGACAUGAAUGAUUGCAAUCCAUGCUCAGAUACAGAGUAUCCAAGCAAGAAUUGGGAUUUCUGUCUUCCAAAGAACACAACCUUUUUGUCCUAUGAUGAAGCUUUGGGGCUCACAUUAGUCUUCCUUGCUCUUGUCUUUGCUUUCAUCACAGCUCUUGUGCUGGCCGUGUUCGUGAAGAACCACAGGACUCCCAUAGUCAAAGCCAACAACCAGAAGCUCACUUACACACUGCUCAUCUCCCUCCUGCUCUGCUUCCUUUGUGCAUUGCUCUUCAUUGGGGAGCCUCAGGCAGUGACCUGCCUCCUCCGACAAACUGCCUUUGCCAUCAUCUUCUCAGUGGCUGUUUCCUCUGUGCUAGCAAAAACCCUCUUGGUGGUUCUGGCUUUCAUGACUACUCAGCCAGGAUCCAAGAUGAGGAAGUGGUUGGGAAAGGAGACAGCCAGUGUCAUUGUUCUUUCCUGCUCCCUCAUCCAAGCAGGCAUCUGCAGUGUGUGGCUAGGAACUUCACCUCCUUUCCCAGAUGCCGACAUGUUCUCCAUGGCUGAAGAAAUAGUACUGGAAUGCAAUGAGGGCUCAGUGGUGAUGUUUUACUGUACAUUGGGCUACAUGGGCCUUCUUGCAACCAUCAGUUUCACGGUGGCCUUCCUGUCCAGGAAGCUGCCUGGCAGUUUCAAUGAAGCCAAGUUCAUCACCUUCAGCAUGCUGGUCUUUUGCAGUGUUUGGCUGUCCUUUGUUCCUUCUUACCUCAGCACCAAGGGGAAAUCCAUGGUGGCUGUGGAGAUCUUCUCCAUCUUAGCUUCUAGCACAGGAUUGCUGUGUUGCAUCUUUAUCCCCAAGUGUUACAUUAUUGUGCUGAGACCUGAGCUGAACAAGAGAGAACAGCUAGUUAGAAGAAAAUCUUGA